AUGUGGCGACGUGUGCUUUAUAGACGGCAAAUCUGUGCAUUCUCCGCUGCGACUGAGACCCACAAAGCACCAAUUAAGCUUUAUGUAAUUGCUGGUGAAGCCUCUGGCGACGCUAUUGGUGCUAAAGUGAUCCGUGCUUUGCAGCACCACGAACCGACUCAGAUAUUUAAUUUUAGAGGAAUUGGAGGACCUCAAAUGUGUGAAGCUGGCAAGUUCAAGUCUUUAUUUCCAAUGCAAGAGCUGUCAAUUAUGGGAUUACUGGAAUUAAUUCCGCAUAUUCGGCGAUUCCAGCUGAGAAUUCGAGAGACGCUGCGUGAUAUUGAUGCGUAUCAACCAAAAUUGAUACUUACGAUUGAUUCAAAAGGUUUCACCUUUCGUAUUUUGAAAGCGCUUCAUCAAAAUGAACAAAACACAGGAGUCAAACUUAUCCAAAAAGUGCACUAUGUUGCCCCGUCCGUUUGGGCUUACAAACAUCGAAAUGUGCGGAAUUUUACACAAAUGAAGCAACUUCUGGAUGCCAUGAUUACCAUCUUGCCCUUUGAAAAAGAUUUGUUUGACGCUAGUGGACAGAAAUCUGAUGAUCGCAAUGAGUCAAAGCGUUCGUGGUGUCACUUUGUGGGGCACCCAGCAAUUGAAGAUUUCUUGGAAGCAAAUGGAGUCUACGAAAACGGUUUGACUCUACCAUCGGAAUGUAGUGUUCAUAUAGACAACAGCUUAGGAGCAGAUGCUUUGCUCCGUUUCCCUUCUUUUAAUUGGAAGUACUUUGCCGUACGUGGCAAAAUAUUGCAGAAUAUGAUUGCAACCGGACGGAAUAAAGAUAUGAAGGAGCGAGGCAGGAAAACUUUCAAACUUUCGACAAAUGCUUUCGUGAUAUGUGCACUGGUUGGAAGCCGGACCAACGAAGUAACGAAGUCCUUGAAAAUUGUGGUCAAGGCCAUUAAUUCGUUCGUUCAAAAAGAAUGUCAGGAGCAGCAACGAGACAUCCUCGUCGUCUUUCCCACAAUUGCUGCGGUGAAGGAACAGGUCACAACUUAUCUUUCAUUGUAUAGUGUUGGUAUUCAGUACCGGGUUCUUACAGAUCUAAAUGCAAUCGACCGACUUCGGCUUUUUCAGAGUUCCGAUGUCGCGGUAGCCGUGUCCGGGACCGUUGUUCUCGAGGCGACUCUAGCCGGUCUUCCUACCGUCGUAAUUUAUCGGGCUAAUUGGUUCACCGAAUGGAUUGCCAAACGCAAGGCUGCUGUUCGGUUCGUGUCCAUACCUAACCUUUUGUUCGGAAAACCUUUAAUUCCAGAGCUCCUAUUCAGUAAUUGCACGGUUUCAAAUAUCGCAGAGGCGUUAAGAAACCUACAGCAUCAGCCAGUUGAACAAAGAAAUGCAUUGCAUCUUGCCAUCUCCAUCAGCACAUUAACUAAGUGGCACGAGACUGCCGAAAAUGUUCUACAACCCAUUCGAGCAAGCGAAGUGGCUGCGAAGCACAUAUUUGAGGUGCUUAGGAAAGGGUAG